CACAGCUGGCAGUCUUGCCGAGGCAAAGCGCGCAUUGACGCCGUUGGCGACGACUUCACAGAGUGGAGGUUUACGUCUUGUUUUUGAUCUGACGUCAUGCAUCAGUCGAGCAUAGUUCUGCAAGCGGAUAAGUCCAACAAUUGGUGUCUCCUCGUUUUGUUGUUAGCAGCAAUCAAUUGUGUGUGAUCGAAACAGCUAGCAGAUAAUUAACAAUUAAAGGGGGUGGGGGGGGGGGGAUCAAACUCGAGAGUCUCGGCUACUAGUGUAUGUGAGCAACUUUGUCGAAGAUGCGAUAACGAAGAACUGAGAAGAGCGGCCAGGCCGCGAGUGUCAGAAGCCAUAGCCGAAAGAAUAAUCGCGUCGACCCUGGCAGCAGCAGCUACAACAGCCGCAGCUGAAAAUGACGAAGCGGUUCGAGUUCAACUGGCAAAUCGAGGUGCCGGAGGCGCUUCGGGCCGGAUGCGUCUUCGAUCGAUGGACCGAGGAGAAGGAUAACACGGAAAUUGAGUUAAACUGCGUGUUCAAGGUCGACGAGUACGGUUUCUUUAUCUAUUGGCAGAGCGAGGGAAAGGAUGGUGACGUAAUUGAGUUGUGUCAAGUGAGUGACAUACGCGCUGGCGGAAUACCCAAGGACUUAAAGCUGUACGAUAAACUGUGUACAAAAGAUGGCGAGCAGCUGGAAGAAAGGAGCCUAACGAUAUGCUCCGGCGUGGACUACACCAAUAUCAAUUAUCAGCACGUCGUCUGUCCAGAUGCCGUCACCGCCAAGACGUGGCUGGAUGGCAUACGAUCUAUUACGCAUAAUGUGAAAGCCAACAAUGUCUGCCCGCUGACGUGCCUAAAGAAACAUUGGAUGCGACUUCGGAUGCUGGUCGAUCCAAAUGGAAAAGUUCCCGUUAAGGUGGUAGCAAGGACAUUUGCAUCAGGGAAAACGGAGAAAUUGGUUUAUCAGUGCCUUUCUGAUCUGGGCCUACCGAGUGGCAAGAAUGAUGUGAUAGAGCCGGAUGAUUUCACGUUUGAUGCAUUUUAUGCGCUGUAUCAUAAGAUCUGCCCGAGAAACGAUAUCGAGGAGCUUUUUCAAUCAAUAACACAAGGCAAAGCCGAUACUAUUAAUUUGGAUCAAUUGAUAACCUUUUUGAAUGAAAAGCAACGUGAUCCAACGUUGAAUGAAAUCUUAUAUCCUUUGUACGAUGAAAAGAGGGCGACAGAAAUAAUUAACGAUUAUGAACGAAAUGAAAAAGUUAGAAAUCAAAGGCGAAUGAGCAAAGAUGGAUUUAUAAGGUACCUGAUGUCUGAUGAAAAUGCGCCAGUAUUUUUGGAUCGUUUGGAUGUUUAUAUGGACAUGGAUCAACCAUUAGCGCAUUAUUAUAUAAAUUCAAGUCACAAUACAUACCUCAGUGGGCGGCAAUUUGGAGGAAAAAGCAGUGUAGAAAUGUAUAGACAAGUGCUGUUAGCGGGUUGCAGGUGUAUCGAAUUAGAUUGUUGGGACGGUAAAGGAGAAGAUGAAGAACCAAUUAUUACUCAUGGCAAAGCUAUGUGUACUGUUAUUUUAUUCAAAGAUGUCAUUUAUGCUAUACGAGAUACUGCGUUUGUAACAACGGAUUUUCCACUGAUUUUGAGUUUCGAAAAUCAUUGCAGUAAAGCUCAACAGUACAAACUUGCUAAAUACUGUGACGAAGUACUUGGGGAUUUGCUUUUGAAAGAACCUUUAAAAGAUUAUCCGUUGGAACCAGGUGUACCACUUCCACCGCCUAGUGCUUUGAAGAGAAAAAUUUUAAUAAAGAACAAGCGUCUAAAACUUGAAGUUGAAAAACAAGAAUUAGAACUUUUUAAACAAGGCCAAUUCGUAAUAGAAGAUGAUUUUAAGGAAGAUGCAAGUGCACCUCCAACUAUUACACCAAUAGUCGAACAGCAAUCGGUAAAGGACGAUGUAGCUAAUGAUCCGGUGGCUGCUGUAGCUACGGGUCAAUUAAAACUGUCCCAGCAAGGCGAAAGUCUGGAACUGGCAGCCGUGCAACCAUACACAGGUAGUACGACAAACGUACAUCCUUGGCUUUCCUCUAUGGUGAAUUACGCACAGCCCAUAAAAUUUCAAGGUUUCGACGUCGCAGAACAAAAAAAUAUUCACUACAACAUGUCUUCCUUCUCGGAAGCUACUGGACUAAAUCAUUUAAAAACUUCAGCCAUAGAAUUUGUCAAUUACAAUAAACGCCAAAUGAGUCGAAUUUAUCCAAAAGGUACAAGAGCUGAUUCAUCAAAUUAUAUGCCACAAGUGUUUUGGAAUGCUGGUUGUCAAAUGGUUUCGUUAAACUUUCAAACUUCUGACUUACCAAUGCAACUAAACCAAGGGAAAUUUGAAUACAAUGGGUCUUCAGGUUAUUUAUUAAAACCAGAUUUUAUGAGAAGGUCUGACAGAAGUUUUGAUCCUUUUGCGGAAAGUCCUGUCGAUGGAGUAAUAGCAACGCAAUGUAGUGUACAAGUUAUAGCUGGACAGUUUUUGUCAGACAAAAAAGUUGGCACAUACGUGGAAGUAGAAAUGUACGGACUUCCAACAGAUACCAUUCGUAAAGAGUUUCGUACUCGUACUGUUCCGGCAAACGGGUUAAAUCCUGUUUAUAAUGAAGAACCAUUUUUGUUCCGAAAAGUAGUACUACCAGAUCUUGCAGCUUUACGAUUUGCGGUGUACGACGAAUCAAAUGGAAAGCUUCUUGGUCAGAGGAUCGUACCUUUGGAUGGACUUCAGUCUGGCUAUCGACACAUUUCGCUUAGAACUGAGGCCAAUUUUCCCAUGUCUCUACCUAUGCUUUUCUGCAAUAUUGACAUCAAGAUUUAUGUUCCUGAUGGAUUUGAAGAACUGAUGGAUGCAUUAUCAGCGCCAAGAGCUUCAAGAAAAACCGAAACGCCUCAGCAAACGAAAAUGCGAGGUCUAGGCAUAGAAGAAAGUGAUCUCAAAAUGAAUACUGAAUCCGCACCUUCUCGUUUUCCUGAAGCGGUUAAACCUAGAGAGGAAUUAAAUUUUGAACCAAUAACAAUCGAAGUACUGCGCCAUGAAAAAGGAUAUGUGAAAGUUACAAGGAAGCAGCAAAAAGAAUUGGAAUCCUUAAAGAAAAAACACCAGAAAGAACGAUUCUCAAUUCAAAAACAACAAUGCGGAGCAAUAGAAAAACUUAUAAAAGGCAAAAACCUUCGGCAUUGCAGUCAGACGGAGCUUUCGCGAGAUCCGACCGUCCGGCAAGCAGUAUCGGAACAAACAUCACAGUGGUCUCGUCUGGCAGAACGUCAACGCCGUGAAGAGCGCGAUCUCAUGCAGGCACAUCUUGAGGAGCGCAAAUCUCAACUCCGCAAGCUAUGUACCUUAGCACAGCUAGCGCAACAAAAGCAGCUGAAUAUAAGACACGAGAAAGAGAUUAAAGAAAUGAAUGCAAGGCAGGCAAGACUAUCAGUUGAGAGUAUGAGAGAAGUAAUGAAUGAUAAAACAUUGAAGACACGUGGUAUCAAAGAAGGCAGACUCAGAGAGAAGCAACAGAACAACACUAAAAAGUUUAUGGAGGAAAGAAAGGUAGCACAGAUGGUACAAAAUAGAGAAAAGGAAAAACUCAAGCUUAUACAUGAGAAGCAGCUGGAAGAAGUACAAAAAGAAAUGAACGGGAUUAUGGAUAUGUAUAAAAAUGAAGAAAUGGAGUACGAAUUAGGACCAAAAAAAGAGUUCUAUGCAUAAUGCUGCAAUGUUUUAUAUUUAUACAACAAAACAUCAAAAUUUUCUUUUCUAGAGAAAUUAAUUAUAUAAAUAAAUGUUGGUUUAUAACGUAAUGGGAUCAAGAUUUCUGGGAACCUAUAAAAAAUGUGCAUUUUAAAGAUGCGCAAUGCGAGGAGCCAAACCAGUCGAAGUACCUACGAACACUUAUAUUUGUUCCACGUACUAUUUUUUAUAAAACUUUCUUUCUUCGAUUCUGGUAGAGGAGAAACAUAGAAAAUUAAAGGACAUAAAUCAAUUAUAAAAAGUCGUUUCCAUAAGCGAAAUAAUUGGACGGCUAUAAAAGAUAUAUUAAAGUGAUCUAGUCAAGUGUUAUUUUCUCAGAUGAAGUCGUACGUAAAUUAGCAUAUAGAAAAUCGAUAUUUCAAUACUAUAAGAAAUAUAUUAUAUAUUAAAAUGUAUAUAGUAUAUUUCUACGUAUCAGAUUAGUUAUAGUAAUAAACAUUCUAUAUUAACGGUUUAAAUCUCAAUCGCCUUAUCGACGAUUACAGCGUAUGUUUCUCGAUUUUUUAUGGUAUUGACGAUUGCUUCGGCGUAUUUCUUAUACAAAUUUUAUGCCUGUAAAGUCGCCUGGGGUAGGAAAAUGGUAUAAGAAGGAAUUCCGCUAAGUGUUUUUGCGACUAUCAGGAUAAGUUUAUAGACUCCAUAUAUGUAGCUAGCUAUUAAAUUUUGUUAAUACGUUUCCAUUUUAGUGUUUACUGUUCAGAUUGACUCGAUAUGUAUGGUUGACUUGACCUCGGUUAUUCUAUGAUUAGAUAUGGGCACUUUUUGUGAUUUUAAAAUAAGCUUAUGAUCUUUGCAUAUGUAUAUACGACUUUGUUCUGGUGUCAAACAUAAAUAUUUGUUUAAGUUGAUGAAAAAAAAAAAAAAAACGGUGAAUCAAUUGUCAUGCGAAAUUUAAAAAAAGUAUGUUUACUAAUCACAAGCGCGAGAUUAUUCCACAUUUAGCAGAGAUAUAUGAAGCUUCAGGUUGCAUUUUUCUUUUAAAUAAAAUUUGUUAUUCCAAGAUGCUAUGCGAACGAAAUAAAUUAAUCAUUGAGUAUAUGCAUCUAAUAUAAUUAAAAUUACGCCGUACUUAAGUUAGUUGAAGGAAUAACAGACAAUGUCUUAAUUUAAGCAUCAUUUGCUAAAAAUUAUAAUUUAUUAGGAAGUGCUCAUGUCUACCUGCUAUUGAUGUAAGUGAAAUCUACGUGUAUGUGAUUUUUAAUAGAAAGAGUAUAGCUCAAAAAUGCCAAACUUUUAAAAUUAAAUUUAAAUCUUAGCAUUUUUUCAAAUAUAAAAAUUUAUCAAUGUAGAUUCAUUCAAUAUUGUUGAUAUUUACUUCACAUUUUUUAAAAGAUGCUCUUUUAUGAAGUUCGAAAUAAAGAAAUUCGUAGUAUUUCAAAUUGAUAACAUGUCAUACCUUAGAACAUCCAUGUUAGUUGUUAUAACUUUUAUGAAAAUCGGUAUAGAUUAUAUUAUGUAUACUACUGCUUAAUAUUCAACUUUCAUUAUGAACAUUGCUUUUCCUUUAUUAUACAAAAUAGUUAACAAUCAAGUAGAAACGUCGCAAUCCUGUGAAUUAAGAAAUCCACUACAAAUUCGUUGAGCGUUUUUGAAAAAAAAAAAAAAAAUAAAAAUGUUAACAAGUUAUAACGAGUAUUUGGAUUUUGUCUGUUUACAAAUGUGUCAAAUGAAUUUCUAUUUAUUUUACAAAAGCUUAAGUAAAAAUGUUAAAUGUAUAAUUAUUUUUACUACAUUAUCUAAAAACUUAUUUUAAUGUAACUAUACACAAAUGCAAAAUUAACCUACUCCAUGCACUUGUGACGCAAUAUAUCAUUAUAUAUUAUGCAGUUUUGUGUCUUAGAAUGGACUUUUGUUUAUGCGGCUCGCUUUUUUAUUCAUAUAUAAGACGAUGACUUUUUUAUAAAACAAUAUAUAUUCUAAAUUAUUAGAUAUAUAUACAACGCUUAAAGAUGAAAACAAAUUAAAUAAGUACAUAAUUUAACUUAAGAAAAUCAUCCUAAGUUUUAUUAGUUGAAGACUAUAGUUAAUCUUAACCUGUCUGUGUCAAAAUAGUUCACGAUGAAGCGAGCUGCAACGAGAAAUAAAAAAAAGUUGAAAUGUG